CCCCUAGCUAGCUAUAGCUGAACUCAGUUAUCCCCCCCCCCCUUCCGGCCUGGCGCUUCUGUUCAUCGUUUGCGUCUUCUUUAACUCCCCUCCCCCUUUUGUUCCAUACGACUUGGACUGCAACCAUGUCGAACCAAGACUUAGAGACCUCUGCGCCGGGCGAGGCCGCAGACAAUUAUGUUUAUGAGAAUGACGAUGCCGUGGAUGAAUCUGGCGAAGCUGAUGGCGACUUCGUCCUGCUUCAGAAGGACUUGAGCAGGAAGAAGCGAGCUGCCAAGGAUUGCACCAACUCCCGGAUACAGAAAGUCUUGCCCUUUCCAUUCUCGCCCAAUAUUCGUCCCUUGACCAUCUCCGACCUUGAAUCCGUUGUUGCUUUGGAGAAUGCAGCCUUUCACAACCCAGAGUGUCGAGCAAGCCCAGAGAAGCUCCGAUAUCGUCUCACUACCUGCCCAGAGAUCAGCCUAGGCGUCUUCUGCACCGUUGUUCCCGACCAGCUCAAAGACUGGGACAUCGAGACCCUGGCUGCGGCGAAGCCAGUCGAGACGGAUCGCGCCGACAAAGCUGUGAGUGUGCUGCUGGCGCACAUUGUCUCUACUCGAUGUCGUGGCGACGUUAUCGCAGACCAAGACAUGGACUACCCUAGGGACUGGCGCAAUCUCAAGGGGAGGUCGGUGGACGUUGGUCACCAAGAGACUGGUCAGACCGUGGGCCUACACUCGCUCGCAGUCUCGCCUAAGCUGCAAGGCUGUGGCGUUGGAAAGAUGAUCGUCAAGGCUUACCUUCAGCAAAUGAACAACUCUGGGCUCGCCAGCCGAGUCUCUCUUAUCUGCCAGGAUGUAGGACGUGCCCGCGGUCGAAGAUGGGAAUACCCUGCGCUGACCACUGCUUUUAAGUACCUGGUCUGUUACUACGAACGGUUCGGUUUCAAACACAAAGGAGAGAGCAAGGCUCAGUUUGGAGGUGGUGGCUGGCACGACAUGGUCUUUGAGUUAUUAGGGCCCCCCAAGACGCCCCUUUAAUCGUCCCACCAGCAAUAUGGGACGCGAUCGGGAACCAUGUGGGGUGGGAAUUGAGCUCCCUCCCCGACAUCUAGCUACCUACCAUGUAGGGUUCGUUAUACGGCAUUGUGAUCGCUAUCGAACCCGGGGAUUGCAGAUUCUGUGUUUUUGGUUCAAAGCAUCGGAUGAGUUCUACGGUCGGGGAAUAGAAUUGGGAUAGACAUGCAUAGACAGG